GCGGGAGGCGUGGGAGACACCCGGGACCCCACCCCAGAAGCGAUUCCGGCGGCGGUGCCGGCGGCGCCCCCUGGAAGCACCGCCCCGCCUGGGUGGCGCCCACACCGGCUCCUCCUCUUCCCCUCCGCCGCGGCGCGCCAGGGUCCGCAAACCCAAACACUCUCGGCGCCAGCCGCUCGCCCGCCGCGCGUGAUCUUCGCUCCGCCGCCGCCCAGCGCUGCGCGCCCCGCCUGGCGGCCCCCGCCCGGCCGCUCCCGGCACCCGGCCCCGCGGAGCGAUGCUGCUGCUGGCAGCCGCCUUCCUCGUGGCCUUCGUGCUGCUGCUCUACAUGGUGUCUCCGCUCAUCAGCCCCAAGCCCCUCGCCCUGCCCGGGGCGCAUGUGGUGGUUACAGGAGGUUCCAGUGGCAUUGGGAAGUGCAUUGCUAUCGAGUGCUAUAAACAAGGAGCUUUUAUAACUCUGGUUGCACGAAAUGAGGACAAGCUGCUGCAGGCAAAGAAAGAAAUUGAAAAGCACUCUAUUAAUGAUAAACAGGUGGUGCUUUGCAUAUCAGUUGAUGUAUCUCAAGACUAUAACCAAGUAGAGAAUGUCAUAAAACAAGCACAGGAGAAACUGGGUCCAGUGGACAUGCUUGUAAAUUGUGCAGGAAUGGCAGUGUCAGGAAAAUUUGAAGAUCUUGAAGUUAGUACCUUUGAAAGGUUAAUGAGCAUCAAUUACCUGGGCAGCGUGUACCCCAGCCGGGCCGUGAUCACCACCAUGAAGGAGCGCCGGGUGGGCAGGAUCGUGUUUGUGUCCUCCCAGGCAGGACAGUUGGGAUUAUUUGGUUUCACAGCCUACUCUGCAUCCAAGUUUGCCAUAAGGGGAUUGGCUGAAGCUUUGCAGAUGGAGGUGAAGCCAUAUAAUGUCUACAUCACAGUUGCUUACCCACCAGACACCGACACACCUGGUUUUGCCGAAGAAAACAGAACAAAGCCUUUGGAGACUCGACUUAUUUCAGAGACCACAUCUGUGUGCAAACCAGAACAGGUGGCCAAACAAAUUGUUAAAGAUGCCAUACAAGGAAAUUUCAACAGUUCUCUUGGCUCAGAUGGGUACAUGCUCUCAGCCCUGACCUGUGGGAUGGCUCCAGUAACUUCUAUUACUGAGGGGCUCCAGCAGGUGGUCACUAUGGGCCUUUUCCGUACUAUUGCUUUGUUUUACCUUGGAAGUUUUGACAGCAUAGUUCGUCGCUGUAUGAUGCAGAGAGAAAAAUCUGAAAUUGCAGAUAAAACUGCCUAAUUCUUCUUACCCUUGGAAGAAGACUGUUUCCAAAUAAUUUGAACAGCUUGCUGCUAAAUGGGACUCAAUUUUUGAUCGAUAGAUACUUAUAUAUUGUUUUUGAAUAUCAGAUUGGACCAGUGCUCUUCAGAAAUGUGGCUGCAAGAAGCUAGAAGUUCACCUACUGACAAUAUUAUUAAUACUAUGCAAAUGUGGAAUAGGAGACCAUUUGAUUUCCUAGGCUUUGAGGUAGAGAGGUGAUGGUAUGAGAAUUAAUAGCGUGUGAACAAGAUAACGAACAGGAUUCCAGAAUAAUCAUUCAAUUUUUUUCUAUUUAUUCCUUUUUGCACCCCCCCCCCCCACCACUAGAGAUUAAGUCCAGAAAUGUACUUUAUGGCACAUAAAGAAAUCUUGAGGACUUUUUUUAAACCUUCCAUAAAAAACAGUUUUGGGUUUCUAGGUUUUUGUUUUUUUAAAAAAACUUGGUGUAUUUUAUUCAAGAUGAGUUGAACCCAUUGCCAGUGAGUCUGAAUGUCACUGACAGCUUUGUGUUGUGCUCAGCACUCACUCUGCUGCUGGUGGAAGCUCAUGGCUUCUCUCUCUCUUUGAUCCCAUAAAGCUACGAGGGGGACGGGAGAGGGCAGUGCAAUGGGAGGUAAAGAGAUAUUUUCUAGUAGGAAAAGCAAUGCUUUCUUGUCUUUAGACUGCAAUGCUUAGGGAACGUUUCAUUUCUCAUUCAUCAGGAAAGGCAGCCUCCUUAAAUGUUUUCAGAAGAGCGAUAAAAUCUAGAAACUUCAGAAUUUAUAAUUCCUUCAAUAGCCAUGAUGACCUGAAGUUCACCUACUCCAUUUUAGCCUCUACUUGUUCUUCCCAUCUCUUCCUUUCCAAUUUUGCUUAUACUGCUGUAAUAUUUUUGUAAAAAAAAAAAAAAAAAAAAGAAGAAAAAAAAGACCAGCUAAAAUUUUUUUGACUUGACUUUUUAACUUAAUUCAUGAAUUAAUUAAAACAAAUGAAAAAAUUAAAAA